AAGACACGAGUCAUACCAUUCUAAAAAAACUGCAAAGCACUCAAGUCUAACUAAACAACUCCAUUAACUAUUAUUAACAAACGCACAUUUUCUAACUACACACACUUUAGCACUAAUCAUUUACUUUGAACAAAACUGUGUACGUGCCUUGGCUUCGAGUCUUCAAGGCUUUCAUUGUUUGGUCCAUUUGCAGAUGCUCGAAAAUCUAAGAACAUUCUUCCUCUUAUUCAACACCCAGUUGCCAUUUACAUAAACAAUUUUGUUUUUAUUAUGUGUGUGUUUACAGAGAAAGAAGAGACAAAGCCUCUGUUUCUUCACAAUUCUUUUUAUUCUUUCACAAGCAUGAACUUGGAGAAGCUUCAUCAACUUAUUUUCUUCAUCUUGCUUGCAGGUAGAUAUGUUGGUGGAGAUUCAACUGACACUGACAAGCAUGUUCUGCUCGACCUGAAAUCAUUUCUUGAGCAUCAGAAUCACGUGGAUCGAGGGAAGUACACCGAAUGGAUUCCAGCGAGUUCAUCACACUGUAGCUGGCCAGGAAUCAGCUGCAAUAAUGUUAGUCGAGUCACCGGAAUUGACCUUUCCAAUAUAAGCAUCUCUGGUGACAUUUUCGGGAACUUCUCAGCUCUGACAGCGCUGGCUUCUCUUGACUUGUCUGGAAAUUCACUGAAUGGUCCGGUUCCAGCGGAUUUAGGAUUAUGCAGGAGCCUCAAGUUUUUGAACAUGUCGCACAAUAUUAUUGCUGGCGAGCUCAAUUUUACUGGACUCGACAGCUUGGAGGUUCUUGAUUUAUCUGAAAAUAGAAUUGAAGGAAAAAUUCAAUCGAUUUUACCAAGAAUUUGCAGUAAAUUGGUGGUCGCGAAUAUUUCAUCAAAUAAUCUGACUGGUGAAAUAGGGAAGUCUUUAGAUGGAUGUUUGAACUUGCAGCAUGUUGAUUUUAGUUCUAAUCAUUUGACUGGGAAUAUUGAUUUUGGAUUUCAAAGGCUAAAGAUGUUCCAGGCAUCUCGAAACAAUUUAAGCGGCUUGAUCCAGCCAUGGGUAUUUACGGAGGAUUGCAGGUUGGAAGGUUUGGACUUGUCAGAGAAUUUUUUUCAGGGUGAACUACCUAAGGAGAUUUCACAUUGCAAGAAUUUGGAGGUAUUGAAUUUGUGGGGAGAUGGUUUUACAGGGAAAAUUCCUCAGGAGAUUGGAUCACUUGUGAAUCUUCAGGCACUUAUAAUGGGGAAAAAUCAUUUUUCCCGUGACAUUCCUGAGUCUUUGAUUAACCUGACAAAGUUAAGCUUUCUGGAUUUGAGUGGGAACAACUUCAGGGGUGAUGUGCAACGUAUUUUUGGUCGAGCUACGCAAGUAAAAUUUCUUCUUUUACAUGGAAAUGCGUAUACUGGUGGCAUUUACUCAUCCGGAAUUUUGACAUUACCAAACAUAUCGCGUAUGGACCUGAGUAACAACAACUUCUCUGGUCAAUUACCAGUUGAGUUCUCCCAGAUGCGAAGCCUGAAGUAUUUGUUUCUUUCCUCCAAUCAGUUCACUGGCAAUAUACCGUCAGAAUAUGGAAACUUUCCGCAGCUCCAAGCCCUUGAUCUCUCCUCUAACAGGCUUAACGGAUCAAUUCCCCAGAGUCUGGGGAAGUUAAAGUCCUUGUUGUGGUUGAUGCUAGCCAGCAAUGAGUUAUCUGGUGAAAUCCCACCAGAGCUAGGAAAUUGUAGUAGCAUGUUGUGGCUAAACCUUGCAAAUAAUCGUAUUUCUGGGAAAAUACCACCUGAACUGGCAAGCAUCGGAAGCAACCCGAUGCCAACAUUUCUAUCAAAUCGACAAAGUGAUCAAAUUACUGCUGGUUCGGGGGAGUGUUCAGCUAUGAAAAGAUGGUUACCUGCAAAUUACCCUCCAUUUAGUUUUGUCUAUACACUCCUUACAAUGAAGAAAUGCAGAGGACUAUGGGACACAUUGCUUAAAGGGUAUGGCCUAUUUCCAAUUUGUUCUCCCGGUACAAAUGUUCGAACGUAUCAGAUAGCUGGCUAUAUUCAGCUGGGUGAUAAUCAAUUAUCUGGUGAACUUCCUCAUGAAAUCAAGAAGCUGCAAAACUUUGGUAUGUUGCAUCUGGCUAAUAACAGAUUGGAAGGUCCUUUUCCUGCUGAAAUAAAAAACUUGCCACUAGUCGUCCUCAAUAUUACUGGAAACAACUUUUCAGGAGAAAUUCCAGCAGAGUUGGGGAGUAUCAAUUGCUUACAAAGCCUUGAUUUGUCCUAUAACAAUUUCUCUGGAGAAUUUCCUGCUAGCUUAAGCAACUUGCAUGAGCUCAACAAAUUUAACAUCUCCUAUAAUCGGUAUAUUUCUGGAGUAAUACCAGCAACUGGACAAUUUGCAACAUUUGAGAAUUGGUCAUUCGUUGGUGAUCCAUUGCUACAGAUUUCACCUUACCUACAAAACAGAACCAAUAAUGCCUCAAGUAUCACCGAACACUCAAGAAGGACUACGAAAUCAGGAGCAUUCUUGGCGUUUAUAGUUAUCCUAAUUGCCUGCUUGGUAUUUGGAAUAAUGAGUCUCACAGUCUGUGUCGUGGUAAAGACCUCGUCAAAGCCACCAAGUUAUAUGAUGGAAGAUUCAAAAUUAAGGCACGUCAGUGUUUCAAGCUCUGGCGGGUCUUCACCCUGGUUUUCUGAUGGAGUUAAAAUCAUUCGCCUGGACAAAACAGCAUUCACUCAUAAAGACAUCUUAGUGGCCACAGGGAACUUCUCCAAUGAGAGAAUUAUUGGAAGGGGAGGAUUUGGAACAGUGUAUCGAGGAGUGUUGCCAGAUGGGAGAGAGGUUGCUGUAAAGAAGCAACAAAGGGAAGGCGUCGAUGGGGAGAGAGAGUUUCGAGCAGAAAUGGAAGUACUAACUGGAAAUGGCUUUGGAUGGCCUCAUCCGAACCUUGUGACUCUUUAUGGGUGGUGCCUAGAUGGUUCAGAGAAAUUGUUAGUCUAUGAGUAUAUGGUGGGAGGGACCUUAGAAGACCUUAUACCAAAUCGAACACGUCUCACGUGGAGGCAAAGAAUCGAUGUGGCACUUGAUGUUGCAAGGGCUCUUGUCUUCUUACACCACGAAUGCUACCCUGCAAUUGUACACAGAGAUGUCAAAGCAAGCAAUGUGCUUCUUGAUAAGGAUGGAAAAGCCCGUGUCACGGACUUUGGGCUUGCUAGAGUUGUUGACGCUGGAGAAAGCCAUGUGAGCACUAUGGUGGCAGGGACUGUUGGAUAUGUUGCGCCAGAGUAUGGACAGACAUGGCAGGCCACGACAAAGGGAGACGUGUACAGCUAUGGCGUGCUUAUAAUGGAGCUGGCUACUGGAAGACGAGCAGUGGAUGGCGGAGAAGAGUGCCUAGUGGAAUGGGCGAGAAGGGUGAUGGGCUACGGCCAACAGGAAUUUAGUAGCAAAAAAUUUGUACCAGUGGCACUUCUAGUGUCCAACCUGGGAGAGGGAGGAGAGGAGUUGCGUGAGUUGCUAAAAAUCGGAAUAAAGUGCACAGCAGAGGCACCACAAGCUAGGCCAAACAUGAAGGAGGUUCUUGGUAUGUUGGUUAGGAUUGCACUUGACAGUCAAAUGGAUCUGAAACAUCCUUCUCCUCUGCCAUCUUGGCUCUAGAAAGGAAGGAGUACAUAUUUUACAGCAUGGUUCACAUACAUUUAUUUAUUACA